AUUGGGAUUUUCAGAAUUCAAAAAAGAAAAUUAAUUUAAUUACACACGUACACACAGGAAAAAUGUACGUCAAAUCCUCUUAUCUUAUACGCAAUUGUUAUUGUUGUCUAUUAAUAUUGGUCAUUGAUUUAGCACAUAUAUCGGUUAAAUUAAAAUUAAAAAAUCAUACGAAAUUUUGUUAAUGAAUUAAAGUCCUAUCAAAUUACAAAUUUGGUAAAAUAUAUUUUUGUUGAUUUUGGCAAUAGAGGAUCCGGAUUAUGUAACGCCCCCCUAUCAAAUCAUUUAAUUGGUUUGUACAAGUGUUAAAGAAAAAAAGGUAGCAUCUCAUCAUAUUUUGCAAAUCUUAUUUUAUAGAUUUUGAUUGAGGUGGUGAAAUGAGAUUGCUGGUUAUCGCACUAUAAAUAUUGGAGUGUGCGCAGUAGAUGAGAUAAAUAGAGAGAGAGGAUGGAAUUGGUGGCGUGGAUGGCGAUAUUGAUUCUAGUUUUGUGCGUGAUGAAAGUAGCGGUUUCAAGCAUUAUAUGCUACUGGGUGAAUCCUCGACGCAUUCAGAAAAUAAUGGAGAAACAAGGAGUGCGUGGCCCUAAACCCCGCUUUCUGGUCGGUAACAUCUUGGACAUGGCCUCUCUCCUCUCCAAUUCCACCGCCCUCGACUGCUCCUCCAUCCACCACGACAUCGUCGCCCGCCUCCUCCCGCAUUACAUCCUCUGGUCCAAAACCUACGGAAAACGGUUUAUAUUUUGGAACGGUGUGGAGCCUCGGAUGUGCCUUACGGAAACGGAGCUCAUCAAAGAGCUGCUCUCGAAAUACAGCAGCCUCUCUGGGAAGUCACGGCUGCAGCAGCAGAACUCCAAGCAUUUCAUCGGCCGCGGCCUCUUGAUGGCUAACGGCGACGACUGGUACCACCAGCGCCAUAUCGUCGCUCCUGCUUUCAUGGGCGACAAGCUCAAGAGCUAUGCAGGGUACAUGAUUGAUUGCACCAAGCAGAUGCUCACAUCAUUGGAAAACGCCCUCCAAAAUGGCCAAACGGAAUUCGAAAUCGGAGGAUACAUGACCAGGCUCACCGCUGAUAUAAUUUCCAGAACUGAAUUCGACACCAAUUACGAAAAGGGAAAGCAAAUAUUCCAUCUCCUAACAGUUCUCCAAAAUCUGUGCGCCAGAUCCACCCGCCAUUUGUGGUUUCCCGGUAGCAGAUUGUUGCCAAGCAAGUAUAACAGAGAGAUAAAAUCGCUCAAGAGUGAGGUGGAGAGGCUGCUGAUGGAGAUCAUACAGAGUCGCAAGGACUGCGUGGAGAUCGGGCGGAGCAGCUCGUAUGGGAACGAUCUGCUGGGAAUGCUGCUGAAUGAGAUGCAGAAGAAGAAGUCAGGCAAUGGGUUCAGCUUGAAUCUGCAGGUCAUCAUGGACGAGUGCAAGACUUUCUUCUUCGCCGGCCACGACACUACCGCCCUGCUGCUGACGUGGACCAUCAUGCUUCUCGCCACCAAUCCCUCGUGGCAACACAAAAUCAGAGCUCAGCUUAACCAGGUCUGCGAUGCCGCUCCGCUUUCCGUCCAACACCUCUCCAAGCUCACUCAGUUGAACAUGGUGAUCAAUGAGUCUCUUCGGCUGUACCCGCCGGCUUCGGUGCUUCCUCGCAUGGCGUUCGAAGACAUAAAACUGGGCGAUCUGUUGAUUCCGAAAGGGCUGUCGAUAUGGAUUCCGGUGCUGGCCAUCCAUCACAGCCAAGAAAUUUGGGGGAAAGAUGCCAACGAGUUCAACCCGGAACGAUUCGCGGCCAAAUCGUUCGCGGCGGGGCGACAUUUUAUCCCGUUUGCGGCGGGCCCCAGGAAUUGUGUGGGCCAGGGAUUUGCCCUAAUGGAAGCCAAGAUCAUAUUAGCAAUGCUAAUAUCCAAAUUCAGCUUCACCAUUUCCCCAAAUUAUCGUCACGCUCCCCUCGUCGUGCUCACCAUGAAACCUAAAUAUGGAGUUCAAAUCAUAUUGGAACCCUUGUGAAUCAUCUAUGAAUUUUUUUUGCUUUUCUUUUUUUGGGCGGGGUGAUAUAUAUAGAGUUAUGGUGACGAUGAGGUUGAGACUCAUAUGUUAUUUUGAAUAUACUACUUUUGCGAUGAACAAGUCGGAAUAAAUGUCGGUAAGUGAAGUUAUAUUCACUUU